GUCAUAUGAAGGAGGGAUUUUGAAUAUCAUGUCUGCUUUUGGCUUAGAUUUGGAUGAAUUGACGUCAGCUUUCGAUCCUAAAAAACCAUCUUCUGAGACUCUUGUAGAUACCGGUUCUACACAGCCUGGUGACUUUGAAGAAAAAAAGCGAAAAGCAGAAGCUUCACUCAAACCCUUAUUAAAAGAAGUAGAGGAAGAUUCUACAGAUGAUUCUCCCAAACGUUCAAAACUAUCUGUUGGUGAUACUCUAGAAUUUAAUGCUCCCAGAAUACAAAUACAUAAAAUCAGUUCACCUGAAACAUGUACACACGAGGUAGUUUUUAUCUUGGGCCGUAUGUCUUUUCCCUAAAGGUGGCUGUUCCCCCUGAUAUUGAAUACAAGCCAAUUAUUAAAGAUUGUGGAUUUCCAGCGAAAACUUUUCCCUUCACGCUUGAUGCAUUUCAGCAACAAGCAAUCAUAUGUAUUGAUAAUAAUCAGUCGGUGCUAUUAUCGGCUCAUACGUCAGCUGGUAAAACUGUUGUUGCUGAAUAUGCAAUCGCAACAGCAUUACGGGAAAAACAACGUGUAAUUUAUACUACUCCUAUUAAAGCACUUAGCAAUCAGAAGUACAGAGAAUUCUUCGAAGCCUUCCCGGAAGUAGGAUUACUUACAGGUGAUGCUACAAUCAAUCCCAGCGCUAGUGUACUCAUCAUGACCACAGAAAUCCUUCAAUCCAUGUUGUAUAAAGGUGCUUCAAUGGUGCGAGAGGUCGGUUGGGUUAUAUUUGACGAAAUCCAUUAUAUGCGUGACCCUGAACGUGGAGUGGUUUGGGAAGAAACUAUAGUGCUUUUACCUGAUAAUGUUCGUUAUGUGUUUCUUAGUGCUACUAUUCCAAAUGCUCGCCAGUUUGCUGAAUGGAUCGCUCACCUUCACCAUCAACCAUGUCAUGUUGUUUCAUCUGACUGCCGUCCUGUACCACUACGUCAUUAUCUAUAUCCUGUGGGUAGUGAGGGUUUGUUUCUCGUAUUGGAUGAGGGUAAAUAUUUGGAGCAAAAUUUUGAACGAGCUAUGCGCUCGUUCCUUUCGGAUGAAUCAUCAAAUAAAAGACAAAAGUCACAAGUUGAUUACAAUAAACGUUCUGAAAAUAAUGUCAUUCAAAUUGUUCGUUUGGUCAAACAUCGCAGUUUGGAACCCAUAAUUGUAUUUAGUUUCAGUAAAAAGGAGUGUGAAAUCUAUGCACUCCAAUUAGCCAAAUUCGAUUUCACUACUGAUGCAGAGAAAAAAGUCGUUGAUGAAGUAUUCCGCAAUGCAAUCGAUGGUCUUUCACCUGAAGAUCGCGCAUUACCACAAGUUGAGAGUGUCUUACCAUUGCUUAAGCGUGGUAUUGGUAUACAUCAUGGUGGUCUUUUGCCUUUAUUAAAGGAAACUAUAGAAAUAUUAUUUUCUGAGAAUUUAAUUAAAUGUUUAUUUGCUACAGAAACAUUUGCCAUGGGUUUAAAUAUGCCCGCUAGAACGGUCCUAUUCACCUCGGCUCGUAAAUAUGAUGGACAGUCUUAUCGUUGGGAUACAGCCAGACGUAUUGCACGUAUUAGUAACGAAUGUCGUCUCCCAGUUGAUGAAGAUAAUUACGUGGAUUCAUUUAAACCUCAUUUAAUGGAUCUUGUUGAUGCAUGGACAAGAGGAGCAUCCUUUGCUAGCGUUUGUUCUAUGACAGACUUGUUUGAAGGCACAAUUAUUCGUACAUUGAGAUUACUUGAAGAGUUAUUACGACAAAUGGCUAAUGCAGCUAGAACAAUUGGUAGCAAUGUUUUGGAAAAGAAAUUUGUUGAGGCUAUCGAAAAAAUCAAACGGGAUAUUGUUUUUGCAGCUAGUCUUUAUCUUUGAUUAAUGGUGUUUACUGCAUGCAUUAUUUCUAAAGAUUAUUUGUACUUUUUCAAAUACAAUACAUAUACAUGUGCGUUGUG